AUGGAGUACAGACGUAAACUAAGAGAAGCUUCCUGGGGCGCAGAUCCUUUGGAGUAUCAAGGUGGGUUUGGCAAUUUGGCAUAUAAUAAGAAGGAUGCAUUUAACAGUGCACUUUCUGCUAAUGGAACCGUGAAAUGGCGUCGAAUUCAGGCUGAUGUACUCAGCUCUCCAUCAGGACAGACCAAGGCUAUAUUGAAAGUGAGUUUCCCAGAGAUCAAUUGGGGCUAUCUGCAAUCCAUAUAUGGAUGGUUUGCUCUGCAAUAUCAAGCCUGGGCGCGCGGAUUCUUGAAAGUGGACAAACCAAAUGGGCAAACAAUUGCUCUUUUUACAGACAGUUUGCUAGAAUUCUCAGUCGACGGCACACGUUACUUUGGAGGUGAUUAUUACACCUAUCGCAAAGUGCCUGUCAUUUUAUAUCUCUGGCCAGGAUUCCAUGUGAUUGAUUUGCGGCUGAUUCGGGAUGUUCGAGUACUUGGAGCGCUCGAAAAACCUACAAUUGAAGUGGUGAUUGAGGCAGAGACACGCGAUGCAUUGAUCGAUAUUGAUGAGACGAGCCUUGUGAUAUCAGAAUUUACACAAGGGAGAUUUGGAAGCCCAUGGGCAUCAGUUCAUAUACAGAACAAUAUGGCCGACUGGGUCGAGAUACUUUCUGCUCAGCAGCAUAAUUUGGCCAUCAGGAGGCCGUUCCAUAUGUCUCCUUACCAAACCAGACCCAUUAUUUUCAACAUCACUCUUGGCACUCCACUACAGACCGAAUUCCCUGUUAAUAUUGUGUACAACCCCCAUAAAAAGGAAGGAGAAAUACUCAGAACCCAAUCCUUCCAGAUAAAACUCGAGGAAAGGUCAUCGUCAGAUGCUCAAAAAUUUACAUUUAUUCAUCCUGCACAGAUAGUGUCCUACGCCGUUUUACGCCCUCCCCCAUUGGAUCCCAUCUGCGGAGAUAAACUUGGUUUCAAUCCCGUUCUAAUCGGCCUUCAUGGAGCAGGGCUUGAUGCAGAUAGUAUACAGGCCCGUGAGAUGUUAGAUGACGCCUAUGGCAUUUGUGCAUGGGUUCAGUUUCCAAGCGGUGUCACUCCCUGGAGUGCUAAUGACUGGCAUAAUUGGGGUACUCUUGAUGCCAUGGUAGCUGUGGCUGCGAUUACAGACUGGAUAGAACAUGUCAAUUGGAAAGGCCCAAAAGUGACGCUAGACAGUUGGAUUGUUGUUGGUCAUUCAAAUGGAGGUCAAGGGGCGUGGUAUCUAUCCACUCAUUAUCCCGAUAAUAUUAUUGCCGCAGCACCUGUGUCGGGAAAGAGCGCAGACUAUGUGGCAUAUUCUAUGUGGCAGGACUCUGAACCGUUGAUCGCAUCUAUACUUGAAAGAUCGAGAUCCAGAUUUAAACACGGGCUAUUAUUAAGUAACCUUGCUGGUAUACCCGUAUUUCAGCAGCACGGUUCCGAUGAUGAUAACGUUGGAGUCUAUCAUUCUCGCCUCAUGCAUGAGCUUCUAGGACAAACCCGAUGGCCGUCCGAAUAUGACGAAUUGCUUGGAAAGGGCCAUUGCAUGUGGCCCAAAAAUGGGAUAAAUGUCGACCAGUUACAAUCUCCUGAUAUCAAUGGCCAAAUGAGAAUCACCAGAAACUUAGAAAACGGGGUUUGGUAUAUAAAAACACAGAACAUACAUCGGUUUCACCUUUCUGCUAAUUCUCGGAUCAAAUUGCCUGUUGCUUUGGCAUUUAAUGAUACAGGUGAUUCAUUUGAAGUUGAUCCGAAUCGAUAUCCAUAUGGCCGUCAACUGGGGGCGAUGGGUGCGAUUCUACGUUCUAAUGGGACCUUUUCGAUUUGCACGUGCUCGAAAGGUGUUGACCAUGUAGCGCUCCAGAUCAGUCGCAAUCGUCUUCGAUAUUUCGCAGCUGAUUCUCAAUUGGCCUCAAAGCAUAACUCCACAUACACCCCAUUCCAUAACGGAAAUAAUGACAUCGGUAUUGGGAAUGUCAUGACUAUUGCAGUGGGAGACGAUUUACCUUCUUCACAGCAUACAGGGUUUCCGAUCCGCAGUGCUGGUGGCCAUUUGAUCCUGUUUAAAGAUUGUAUCCAUAACCACACCAGACAAAGAACUGAAAUUGACAUGCCUCUAAAGCAGGAGUGCCGUGAAUAUCAUUAUAAAUAUGAAAAUGGCUUGGGGGCAUUGUUCCUCCGCCCACUGGAGGGUGAGCGACUGGAGCUUGUUAUAUGGGGUGCAGAUAUAUCUGGCCUCGAACAUGCGGCACGCCUUGUACCCAUCCUUACUGGUGUUGGGCAACCUGAAUUUUUAAUUCUGAGUGACAGUUGUCGUUAG